UAUUGACCCAACGGCAGCAGAGCGGCCGCUGUCUCCUGAUCGUGGCGGGCGGUACUCGAGCUCCGAGUGUCGCUGGAAAACCGGUGCUUCCUUUCGCAGCUGCCGCCGCCAUCUCCGCGUUUUCGGGGUGGGAAGGAAGGGGGGAGUGCUCACGGCUGCAGCUGGAGCGGGCUUCUCUCCGGGGACGGUCCUCUCCUCCUUGCUGUCCUUUUCCUCCUCCCUGCUCCUCUGCCGCCGCCCGCCCCCUGCACCCUCCCGUGCAGCCCGGGUCCGGGGGAGGAAGGUAGGGGCGCCGGGUGGCGGGAGACGCUGGAGAGCAGACGCGCACGCUGAGGAAACUCCUGCUGGAUCUGUGCGCCCCGGCGCCCAGGGUGCACCCCGGCCCGGGCUGGGCGGUGGCGGCAGCAGGAAGGGGCUCAGUCGGGGGAGGCGGGGACGGUGCUGCGGGGGCGGGCUCGGCUGUCCCGGCGCUAAGUUGUGGGUCCGGGCUCCUCCGGUUCCAGUUCCUUCUCCCCUCCGCUCCUCCGACCUUAGCUCCGCACUCUCCGCCCCGAGCCGCCGAACCCGCGCGUUCUCUGGGUGAAGAGGGCACGCCUGCCCUCGUCGAGAAAACUUUUCCUGCCGACUCAGUGGGGCGGCGGUGGCAGGAAGUCCGGGAGCGACCUCUCCUUCGCGGGCCUGGCGCGCCCGACCGGGUGUCGGUGCUGAUCUAGAGAUCAAGUUCGUGGGAGCCCCUUCCCGGUUGCAGGCCAGUCCAGCCUCGAGAGGGACGCCCAGCCCAGGGGAGGACAGCCGGCCAGGGCGCAGGCCAAGGGCGCGUGCUGGCGCCGGAGUCGAGGUGCGGAGCGCAGCCGGGACCCGCAUUGGCACCCGACAGCGCGGAGAGUGCGCAACCCCGAAGCAGGGAGCCUUCGGCGUUGGCUUCCUGGAGUCCACAGUCCGCCGUCUCCUCCGGGUGAGGACAGUGUUCUGGCCCCGAGUCUAUCGAGGAAAAUGAAGUUGAGCCGCCAGUUCACCGUGUUCGGCAGCGCGAUCUUCUGUGUGGUGAUCUUCUCGCUCUACCUGAUGCUGGACAGGGGUCACCUGGACUACCCUCGGGGCCCGCGCCGCGAAGGCUCCUUUCCGCAGGGCCAGCUCUCAAUGUUGCAAGAAAAAAUAGACCAUUUAGAGCGUUUGCUAGCUGAGAAUAAUGAGAUCAUCUCAAAUAUUAGAGAUUCUGUCAUCAAUUUGAGUGAGUCUGUGGAGGAUGGUCCGAAAAGUUCACAAGGCAAUUUCAGCCAAGGUGCCGGCUCUCAUCUUCUGUCAUCACAAUUAUCCCUUCAGGUCGACUCUAAAGACUGUCUGUUUGCUUCGCAAAGUGGAAAUCAGCAUCCAGAUGUGCAGAUGUUGGAUGUUUACGACCUCAUUCCUUUUGACAAUCCAGAUGGCGGCGUGUGGAAGCAGGGUUUUGACAUUAAGUAUGAAGCUGAUGAGUGGGACUCAGAGCCCCUUCAAGUCUUUGUGGUGCCUCAUUCCCACAAUGACCCAGGUUGGUUGAAGACAUUCAAUGAGUACUUCAGAGACAAGACUCAGUAUAUUUUUAAUAACAUGGUCGUAAAGCUGAAAGAAGACUCAAGCAGGAAAUUUAUGUGGUCUGAAAUCUCUUACCUUUCAAAAUGGUGGGAUAUUAUAGAUAUUCCAAAGAAGGAAGCUGUUAAAAGCUUACUACAGAACGGUCAGCUUGAAAUCGCGACAGGUGGCUGGGUUAUGCCUGAUGAAGCCACACCACACUACUUCUCUUUAAUCGACCAACUAAUUGAAGGACAUCAGUGGCUGGAGAAAAACCUAGGAGUGAAACCUCGGUCCAGUUGGUCCAUUGAUCCUUUUGGACAUUCACCAACAAUGUCUUAUCUUCUAAAACGUGCUGGAUUUUCACAUAUGCUUAUCCAGAGAGUUCAUUAUGCAGUUAAAAAACACUUUGCAUUGCAUAAAACAUUGGAGUUUUUUUGGAGACAGAAUUGGGAUCUGGGAUCCGUCACAGAUAUUUUUUGCCACAUGAUGCCCUUCUAUAGCUAUGACAUUCCUCACACUUGUGGACCUGAUCCUAAAAUAUGCUGUCAGUUUGAUUUUAAACGUGUUCCUGGAGGCAGAUUUGGUUGUCCCUGGGGAGUUCCUGCAGAAGCAAUAUCUCCUGGAAAUGUCCAAAGCAGGGCUCGGCUACUACUUGAUCAGUACCGAAAAAAGUCAAAACUUUACCGUACUAAGGUUCUUCUGGCCCCAUUAGGAGAUGAUUUUCGCUACAAUGAAUAUACAGAAUGGGAUUUGCAGUACAGGAACUAUGAGCAGCUUUUUAAUUACAUGAAUUCUCAACCUCAGCUUAACGUAAAGAUACAGUUUGGAACGUUGUCAGAUUAUUUUGAUGCACUGGAUAAAGCAGCUGCAACUGAGAGAAAGAAGGGUCAGCUGAUGUUCCCUGUUCUAAGUGGAGAUUUUUUCACCUACGCGGACCGAGAUGAUCAUUAUUGGAGUGGCUACUUUACAUCCAGACCUUUUUACAAAAGAAUGGAUAGAAUCAUGGAAUCUCAUUUAAGGGCUGCUGAAAUUCUUUACUAUUUUGCCCUGAAGCAAGCUCAGAAAUACAAGAUAAAUGCAUUUCUUUCGCCAACACAUUACAUGGGACUAACAGAAGCCAGAAGGAAUUUGGGACUCUUUCAACAUCAUGACGGUAUAACAGGAACAGCAAAAGAUUGGGUAGUUGUGGAUUAUGGUACCAGACUUUAUCAUUCAUUAAUUGUUUUGGAGAAGAUAAUUGGAGAUUCUGCAUCUCUGCUUAUCUUGAAGGACAAAAACAUGUUCGAGUCUUUCUCUUCUGAUACCUUCCUAGAGAUGGAUUCAAAACAAAACUCACAAGAUUCUCUGCCACAAAAACAGCUGCUUGUGUUGUCAUCCCAGAGACCAGAGUACCUUGUGGUCUAUAACCCUUUAGAGCAAGCCCGAAACUCAGUGGUUUCAGUCUAUGUGAGCUCCCCCACAGUGCAAGUGCUGUCAGACUCAGGAAAACCUGUGGAGGUUCAAGUCAGCGCGGUUUGGAGUGAUGAAAGAACCAUCUCAAAAACAGCUUAUGAGAUUUCUUUUAUAGCACGCACACCACCUUUGGGACUGAAAGUGUAUAAGAUUUUAGAAUCAGAAAGUUCAAAUUCACAUUUGGCUGAUUAUGUCCUGUAUAAAGAUAAAAUAGAAGAAAAUGAAAUUUUUAACAUAAAGAAUAUGAUAAAAGAUAUGGAUGCCAUAACUCUGGAGAACUCCUUCGUUGCACUUUGGUUUGAUCGAUUUGGGCUUAUGGAGAAAAUGAGAACUAAAGAAGAUGGCAAAGACCAUGAAGUCAAAGUACAAUUUUUAUGGUAUGGGACCACAAAUAAAAGAGACAAAAGUGGUGCCUACCUCUUCCUACCUGAUGGUAAGGCCCAGCCAUAUGUUUCCCAAAAUCUGCCCUUUGUCAGAGUGACACGUGGAAGGAUCUAUUCAGAAGUGACCUGCUUUUUUGAUCAUGUAACUCACAAAGUCCGAUUGUACAACAUACAGGGAAUAGAAGGACAGUCUGUGGAAGUUUCUAAUAUUGUGGACAUUCGAAGGGUACAUAACCGUGAGAUUGUAAUGAGAAUUUCUUCUAAAGUAAACAACCAAAAUAGAUUUUAUACUGACCUAAACGGAUACCAGAUCCAACCUAGAAGGACAAUGGAGAAACUGCCUCUUCAAGCAAAUGUCUACCCUAUGACUACAAUGACAUAUAUCCAAGAUGCUGAGUGUCGGCUGACACUGCUUUCCGCUCAGUCUUUAGGUGUUUCAAGUUUGACUGCUGGUCAAAUUGAAGUUUUCAUGGAUCGAAGACUCAUGCAAGAUGACAAUCGGGGUCUUGGGCAAGGUGUCUAUGAUAACAAGAUUACAGCUAAUCUAUUUCGAAUACUACUAGAAAAAAGAAGUGGCAUGAAUGCGGAAGAAGAAAAGAACCCGGUGAGUUACCCUUCCCUCCUCGGCCACGUAACCUCUUCCUUCCUGAAUCAUCCAGUGUUUCCACUGACAAUAAACGAAAAGUUCUCCUCAGCCACCCUUGAGCUGCUGAGUGAAUUCUCACUGUUAAUGUCAUCUUUGCCUUGUGACAUCCAUCUGGUCAAUAUGCGGACAAUACAGUCAAAGGUAGGCAGUGGAUUUUCUGAUGAGGCAGCCUUGAUCCUCCACAGGAAAGGCUUUGACUGCCAGUUCUCUAGCAGAGGCACGGGGCUGCUCUGUUCUACUACUCAGGGAAAGAUAUCGGUACAGAAACUUUUUAAUAAGUUUAGUGUUGAAAGUCUCACACCUUCAUCAUUAUCCUUGAUGCAUUCGCCUCCAGACGUCCAAAAUAUAAGCGAGAUCAAUUUGAGUCCCAUGGAAAUCAGCACAUUCCGAAUCCGGUUGAAGUAAACCUGACUUCUGAAUUCGAAGUGAGAAGCAUUGGCUUUUACACCUUUCUUGGUUUAAUGUGCAAUAAGGAAGCACAUUAUUUUAGCUUCUGGUUACUGUGAGAACAUGAAUUCUGUGAUUUUUUUUUUUUUUU